AUGGAUACUAUCCAACAAGAGGAUGAUUUAUCGAUUAAAUCUGAUGAAAGUCUAUCGAUACCAGUUGCUAUACCCGGUCUUACUCCUUCAACUAAUCCAAGAACAAUGCGUGAAUAUGAUACAGAAUUUCAAGAACUUAAACGUGAAAAUUUCGAUUUAAAAUUACGAAUUUUUUUCCUUGAAGAACAAAAUGAACUUGCAUUAGAUAGUAGAAAUAUAUCAUCAACAACAAUUCAACGUCAUCGUCAUUUUCAUCCAACACAAUAUGAACAGGGUGAUCAACAAGAAACAUCAAUUAUCGGACGAUCAACAAACGAAUCUUAUCAAGCAUCAUCAUCAAGUCGCCAUCAACAAGGAACACAAGUUAGUAAUAUUCAAUUGAAUGAUGAAAACGAUGAGUUACAUCAAUUAAAAACUGAACUUGAACGGUAUCAUCAAGAAAAUGCAAAACUUCGUGAAUUACUUCGUAAUUCUGGUGAAUUUGGAGAGAACAUAACAACAUCAACUGUUGAUCAACAUAUUCAAACAAUAACUUCACACGCUGAUUCAACUUCAGAUAGAGCUAUGCCUGUUAAUCAAUAUACUUUACAAUUCAAUGAACGUGAAAGAAAUUUUCAAGAGGAAAAUAAUUCAUUAAAACAAGAAAUAACUGCGUUAAAAUCAAGAUUAAUUGAAGCUAAUAACAUACUAGAAGAAGUUAAUCAGAGAUAUAAAGAAGAACAAAUAAAAGCUGACCGUGUAUUGAGACGUUUAAAAGCUGAUUAUGAUACACGUAUUGCUAAUAUGGAAGCAGAAUAUCAACAAAAAUUAGCUACAUAUGAAUCAUAUCGACAUGAGCCAUUACUCGCUCGAAUUCGUUUUUCUUAUCCAUUGCAAGAACAAACAAGUUCCAAUGUCAAUGUUGAAGAAUACCUUCGAACAAUUGAUCAGCAAAGUCGGACCAUUAAAGAUCUUGAAAAUCAAAUUGCGGAAUUCACUAAAUGGUCAUAUCCAGUACCAACACAUUCUCAUUUAACUGAAGAAAAUUUUCAACGUUUAAAUGACAAACUAACAUCAUAUGUUAAAACUGUUGAAAAUUUACGAGCAGAAUGUGAUGAACUUCGACGAAGUGAAAAACAUUUACGAUUACAAGUCGCUAAAUUACUUCGUCUUUUGGAUCCAUCGAUAUCAUCUUCAGAUUUACCACCAUUACCUCGACCAUUAUCAACGGCUGUUACUGAUACUCAACAAGUUGAAAAUCCUGAAGCAACUGUUGCUCAAGUAACAGUACAACUUCGAAAUGUUGCUGAUGAUGUAUCUGGUUUAACAAAUCGUAUAUCAAAAAUAAAACGUGAUUAUGAUGAUAGUCAAACUUUAAUUAGAAAACAAGAGACACAAAUUCAACAAUAUGAAGUACGUGCAUCUGAAAUUGAAAAACAAACAAGAGAAACAUUUAAUUUAAAAAUCGAAGCAUUUGAACAAGAGAAAAAAAAUUUAGCAACACAAAUUGAAGAACGUGAUCGUCGUUUAAGAGAAAUUACGAGUGAGAUUGAUCAAAUAAGAUCACAAGUUAUUAGAGAACUUGAAAUUCAAUAUACUCGAGAAAUACAAACUUUACAAGAACAAAAUGAACAACAGAAAACACAACUUGAACAGUAUCUUAUAAAACAUCGAGAAAUGGAAAAUAAUUUUCAACAAGAACGAAUUCAUCUAGAACGAGAACGAGAUUUCGAAAGGGGAAAAGUUAAUCAAAUACAAAUUGAAUUAGAUACUUCUAUUGCACGAAAUAAAUAUCUUGAAACUCAAAAUGAUCAAUCACAAUCGAUUAUUGUUGAACAACAAACAAAAAUUGGCAAUCAAAGUCAAAAUUUUCAAAGUCAAAUAACUCAAAUUGAAACAGAAAGAAAUAAACUAAACGAUGAAUUACAACUUGUGAAACAUGAAAAACAAACAAUGAAAGAUCAACUAUAUGAAUAUGAAACUGAAUUUACUAGAUUAACACAAUCAAAUGAUGAGUUAAACGAACAAAUAACUGUUUAUGAAGUUCGUUUACGUGGUAGUGAAGCUGAUAAAAAUCGAUAUCAAAAUGAACUUAAUAUAUUACAACGUAGUACUCAAAGUACAAAAGAACAAUUUGAGACUCUUCAAAGUGAAAUUCAGGAAUGGAAAAGGAAAUAUGAUAAAGCAUUAAAUGAUUUAAACGUUCUUGAAGAAGAAAACAGUUCAAUUCUAGCAGAUUUUGAAGCUUUCAAAAAAGAGAAUACUGAACUUAAAUAUCAAUUAGAUAAUCUUGAGAUUAGGAUUCGUCUUGAAAUUAAUCAAGAAUAUGAAAAUGAUUAUCGUAGACGUUACAGUCAAUUAUCUGAAACUAAAGAAGUAGAAAUCGAAAAUCUUGAAAAAGAAUAUCAAACUAUUCAAUCUACUCUUGAAGAAAGAAAUAAUGCAAUAACACGUCUUGACAGUCAAUUACAAAUAGUAGAAAAUGAAUUACGAAAAGCAAAUACUAGGAUUCAAACUUAUGAAAGUGAAAUUGAACAUGUUAGAAUAGAACGCAAUAGAACAGAAGAUGUAAGACAACAAAUUAAAGAUGAUUUAUCUCGUCAAUAUACAAAUGAAUUAAACAUUCGAAAUGAUCACAUAAAAAGAUUAGAAAAUCAAAAUCAAGUAUAUGAAACACAAAUUACUCAGUACAAACAACAGCUUACAAUUCUUCCAGAUAAUAUCAAUCGACGCGAAAAAGAACUUCAUGAAAAAAACAUUUUAAUUCAAAAACUUCGAGACGAUCUUUCUGUUGUUGAAAGUGAACGAAAAGAUAUUCGAAUCCCAUUUGAAAUUCGAAUUCAACAAUUAGAACAAGAUCUUCAAACUAAACAACAACUUAUUCGAACGUAUAGUGAAUCCCUGAAAACAAAAGCUCAACAUAUUGAAAAACUUCUUGACGAUAUUAAAAAAGGUGAUUAUUCAAAUAGUAAUACAAUUGAAACAUUACAACAAGAACUUUUAAGUCGUGACCGACGAAUUGAUGAAUUAAUAAAUGAAAAAUCUUUAACUAUUCAUGAAUCUGAACGAUAUAUUAGUGAAUUACGAUUAAAUAUUCAAGAUUAUGAACGUAAACUGAUUCAAACGAAUGAUCAAUUACAACUAGCUGAACGAAAAAUUGAUACACUACAAUAUCAACUUGGUGGGCAUAUACGAAAUCACAAUUCUUUAGAUAUUAAUUUCAAUAUUGCUGCUGAAGAAAAAGAAAUUCAAUUGGAGAGAGUAAGAUAUUUAGAAAACCAAUUAGAAAUGCUAAAGAAAAUAAAUAGUGGAACUUCAUUUGAACAACGUGAUCAUUGUCAAAGUAUUAUUGAUGAUCUUAAAGAUAAAUUAAAACAACGUGAAAAAAUAGUUCAGGACCAAAAUCCAUAUAGUAAUAUAUAUGAAAAUCUUCAAAAUUCUCUUCGUCAUUGUAAUGAAGAAUUAAACAACGUUCGUCAAGCUCAUGAUAAACUUCAAAGUGAUUGUAAUCAGGUAACUGUACGCAACGAGAGAAUGGCAAAACAACAUACCUCCGAUAUAGAAAAUCGUGAUCAAUUAAUUGCAACAAUACGUCAAAAAUUAUCCGAUAAAGACCAAGAGAUCAAUAGAUUACAUGAAAUUAAUAUAAAUAAUGAAAAAAAAAUCACUGAAUUACAUUCGAAACUUAUUAAUAUUGAACCAAAUCUUGAUUCAACACGUUCAUCAAGUGAACGUGUAUCGACAAAUCCAGCAUUACAAAUCGAAAUACAAAAGAAAGAUCAAGAAAUUAUUGAACUUAGAAGUAAGCUAGCAGAAGCUCUACGAAGUACAACUCAACCAGCUAGUUCAUCAACAACUUCAGUUUUUAUUCCAGUAACAAGAGCUCGAGUACAUGCCAAUUUUGAUCAUUUAAAUCGUGAAGAACUUUUAUAUGAACUAGAAAGAGCUUUACAAUAUAAUGAAGAAUUAAAUGAACAAUUGAAACAAAAAAAUCCUUCCAUAACUGAAUUACACACACAAUUAGUCGAAACACGACAUGAACUUUCACGUCAAAAAUAUGUUAAUCAAGUUUUAUGGCGUAAACUUAAUGCAUUAAUUGAUAUUCAUGGUUCAAAUACACGAGCUGAAUUAGCUCUUGAAUUAGUUAAUUAUCAGGAUGAACUUGCAAAAUUAAAAUCACAACAAAAUCGUACGAAUGAUGUUCGCUCAGCUAAGCUCAAUGCUCAUUCGAGAUCAUCAUCAGAACAAUAUCUUUGUUCAUUACAUAAUGAUAUGUCAUCGACAAAUAUUGAAUUACCAACAAAAAAUAUUAAAUCAACUAUAGCAUUAUUAGAACGUUCAAAUAUUGAAUGGCAAACAAAAUUAGCACGUCUUACAGAACAACUUGGUCGAAGUGAAAAUCAAUCGAGAAAUUAUCAUCGAGAAUUGACUAAAUAUCAAAAGAUAUUAUAUGAAGCUGGUUUAAUUGAAUCAUCUGUUCGACAACGUCGACAUAGUGCUGAUGAUUCAGCUAUAAUUGGUCGAAAUGAAUCAACUAAAAUCAAUGAUGAUCUUACAGAAAUCGAAAAUAUCAAUGAACUUAGAGAAAUAAUUCGUAAUCAACGUAAAUUUAUCCAACAAUUACAAAUGCGUGUUCGAAUUAAUACACCUGAUAUAAUUAAAUCACCAACAAUAGACAAACUUCAACAACAAAUACAAAAUUUAAAUCUUGUUAUUGAAACGUACAAAGAUGAAUCAAAUUUACUUAAAACGGAACUUAAAAAACUCUAUAAAACUAUUGAACAUAAUAGAAAAACACAACAAAACUAUGAAAAAAUUUUAAAAGAACAACAAACUUGUAUUGAACAAACAAAAAAGAAAUUAAAUAAAUACGAACAAUUCUUCAAAAAAUAUGAUAAUCAUUUACCGAUAUUUGAUGAAAGAAAAGAACAUAUUAUUAAUCCACUUGAUGAAUAUAUUAUUGAUUUAGAUAUUGAUGUAUUACAAGGAAAUGAUACGAAAAAAAAAACAUCAGUGAGCAAAAGAGAUAGUGCAUUAAGUAGUGCAUCGGAUACAAAUGAAUUGCAACGACAAAUAAAUGAAAAAGAUGAACAGAUUCGAACAUUAAAUAAUGAUAUCAAUAGAAAAGGUGAUCAAAUUCAACAACUCACGAUUAAACUUACUCAAAUGGAAAAAGUCAAUGGAGAUGCUGAACAUCGUUAUCAUACUGAAUCUGAUCGAAUUCGUCAAGAUUUGACUGUUGAAUCACGUAAAAUUGAAAAUGAAUUACAACAAGCACGUUUACAAAUCGAUUCUCUUAAAACUUACAAAAUUCGAUUUGAUCAAGCCGAAGAAAAAAAUCAACAAUUACAUAAUGAAAUAAAACGGUCAAACGAUGAAAUAAAACGUUCGAAAGAUGAAAUAAAACGUUUACAAGAUGAAAUCGAACGUAAUGAAUCUGUCAUCGAACAUUAUAAAACUCAAAUUAGUAUAUUAGAACGAAAGACUUUUAUUACUGAUUCAGAUACAAGUGAAAUUGCAAUUCGAAAAAGUGAAUUAUCACAAUUAUUAGAAGAAAUGCGUCUUCUUCGUCGUGAUCUUGAACGAAGUAUAGAAAAACAAAAACAAUUACAAGCAAAAUUAGAUGAAAAUAUUCGUCAAUCACAAUCACCACGUGAAUUUAAAUUUUCUGGUCAUGGAGUUUCAUAUCCUGAUCUUCGUGUAAUUGGUACAUCUAGUUCAGUUGGUGCUGAGAAUUUAUCAUCAUCAUUUGUAAUUGAUGAGCAACUUUCAAGACCUGUAGGUUCAUCUACAAUUGAACUUGAACAUAUUGAAUAUUCUCAACAAUCUGCUGAAGAACUUGUACCAAGAAUUCCUAUACGAUCAUAUAUUGUUGGUGAAUUAAAAACUCAUGAUGAUCUUCGUCGGUUAAUACAAGAUAUUAAAUUUGACUUAAAAGCAGUCUUACCUGAAUUAAAAGAUCAACUUCGUUCAAGAACUAAUUCAUCAACACGAUCCCUCGAAGAACGUUUAAAUCAACUUGAUGGACGCUUAACACAUGCUCUUGAUUUAAUUGAAACAUAUUGGAAAGCUGAUUUACCAGAAAAAAAUAAAUAUAAUGAACAUAUAUUUAUUGAUCAUCGUCUCAUAGAAGAAAAUAAACGUCUUUUAUUUAAUCAAAGAAAAUAUAUUCAAGAUCUUCGAUUUUUAAAACAAAAAUAUCGAGAACAAUCAAAUUAUUUAGAACAAUUACUUGCUCAAUUAACAAAAGUGAAUCGCAAAAAAGCUGAUACAGGCGAAUAUUUGGCAUUGUUACUCCAGCCAACAUUAGAUGUUCUUCAAAAAGCUCGUUCAAAUAUCGAACAUCAUUUAAAAGAAUCAAAUACAAAUAAUAUACCACCCGGUAGUGCUCAAACACAUCGUCGUCAUCGUUCUAAUCGUAAAGAUUAG